AGUCCUAGGCCUCGAGCAGUCAGGCCGCAGGCCCCGCCCCUUCCGCUUACGCGUGACGUCACACGGCGCGGGCCGGCGCGAGCGUGCGGCGUUGUGGCAGGGGUUUAGCAACUUUGGGUUGGCGCCGCUGCGCGCGUGGGUGUCGGGCUUUGAAAUGCAGCGGGAUUUAGUGAGUUUCCCGCUGUCCCCAGCGGUGCGGGUGAAGCUGGUGUCUGCAGGUUUCCAGACUGCUGAGGAACUCCUAGAGAUGAAACCAUCCGAGCUCAGCAAAGAAGUUGGGAUAUCUAAAGAGGAAGCAUUAGAAACUCUGCAAAUUAUAAGAAGAGAAUGUCUCACAAAUAAACCAAGAUAUGCUGCUGUAGCUGAGUCAGGCAAGAAGUGUACAGCACUGGAACUUCUUGAGCAGGAGCAUACCCAGAGCUUCAUAAUUACCUUCUGUUCAGCACUAGAUAAUAUUCUUGGGGGUGGAAUACCCUUAACCAAAACAACAGAAAUUUGUGGAGUACCAGGUGUUGGAAAAACACAAUUAUGUAUGCAGUUGGCAGUAGAUGUGCAGAUACCAGAAUGUUUUGGAGGAGUGGAAGGUGAAGCAGUUUUUAUUGAUACUGAAGGAAGUUUUAUGGUUGAUAGAGUGGUAGACCUUGCUACUGCCUGCAUUCAGCACCUUCACCUUAUAGCAGAAGCACAUAUGGGAGAGGAGCACCCAAAAGCUUUGGAGGAUUUCACUCUUGAAAAUAUUCUUUCCCAUAUUUACUAUUUUCGUUGUCGUGACUACACAGAGCUAUUGGCACAAGUUUAUCUCCUCCCAGACUUCCUUUCAGAACACUCAAAGGUUCGAUUAGUGAUAGUGGAUGGUAUUGCUUUUCCUUUUCGUCAUGACCUAGAUGACCUCUCCCUUCGUAGUCGAUUACUAAAUGGUCUAGCCCAGCAAAUGAUCAGCCUUGCAAAUAACCACAGAUUAGCUGUACUUUUAACUAAUCAGAUGACAACAAAAAUUGAUAGAAAUCAGGCCUUGCUGGUUCCUGCAUUGGGGGAAAGCUGGGGACAUGCUGCUACAAUACGGCUAAUCUUUCAUUGGGACCAAAAUCAAAGGUUGGCAACAUUGUGCAAAUCACCAAGCCAGAAGGAAUCUACAGUACUGUUUCAAAUCACACCUCAGGGAUUUAGAGAUGCUGUUGUUGCUCCUGCAUGUUCUUGGCAAACAGAAGGUUCAUUGAAUUCCCGGAAACGGUCACGAGAAUGAGAAGAAGAACAGGAAUCCAAAGACUAAUCUUAAAGUAUACAUAUGUAUUGAUGCUGUAAGAUGUAAUGUAUACAAAGUAGUAGACUCAUUAUAAAAUGUAAACACACACUAUGGGAUGUUUGAAUCAAGAGCAUAGGAACUGAAUGUGAAAAACAUUUAAUUAGUAUGAUUCUCCGAAUUUUUCAAAAGCAGUUUUACAAUUAUAUUUUGCCCCAUUUUCUUUUUUAGUAACAUUCAGCAGAAACGAUACAGGUAUUGUAUUUUUGCAGAUGUGGAAAGCUGAUCUCAUGUGGCCGGUAUGAAUUUACCAUUCAGACUGUUUUUUCCUCUUUUGCUAAUUGCGUAGAAAACCCUUGGAAGAAAAUAUUUUUUUCACAUUCCUAUUCUGUUCUCCUCUUUAAAUGUAGUUUUCAUAAUUCUUAAAAAUGACUUGUUUUUAUUAUUGUAAUGAAAAGCCAGCACCAUGAGUCAGCAUAUUAUUGUAUUCAGUUUUAAUGGUAGGAUAUAAACUUUACAUGACCAAUGUGAUUUUAGUCACCCCAAUCCUAAAAUCUAACCCAUUUGUGUAUUUUUUUAAUGUUAUUUUAUAAUGUUAAGGGAAGGACUUUGGAGCUGUUACCCUAUCUAAAAAUUGUCUAUAACAUACAUCUUCCAGAAUAGUCAAGUUGAUAAAUUUACAGUUAUUUAUCUCUAUAUUUUUGAAACACGGUGUGAUCCAUUCUAGAAUUCUAGAUGUAUUGACAUUUUCCUUUGAAUAAUCUUAACACUGUUUGAAUGAAUUAAAAAUUUGGAUUCUUGAAUGGUUUUAAAAUCAUCUAAAAGUGUUUUGGCACCUGAUUCUUUUUAGUACUUCUCAAUUCAUUCACAAAAUUUACUCUGGUUCCCAAUGGAAGAAAAUUAUUUAAAUAAUUGAAUAUUAUGUACUGUGACAACCAUGGUCUCCACAUUUUAGAGGCAAUUGGUAUUUCCUCCUCUCCCAGAGUGAACACUAAAUUUAUAAAGUUUUAAAAAACACAGUUAUUCUGUAAUUGAUUAUUCAUAGAAUAACUAGGGUUUGCCAGGACUUUUUUGAGAAUGAAAUUAGACACUGCUAACAAUCACAUCAGGACACUGGACAUAAACCAGGACCAUCCCGGGCAAAUCAGGCAUAUGGUCGUCCUAAUUAUAGAAGACUAAUUUCAAAUGACUAUUUGAGUGUAGGAUGACUGAUUAUAAUUAUUUUUGAGGUCUUUAAGGCAUAUAUUUUUAUUAAUGCAGUCAUUAUAAAAAAAUUACCCAUCAUUUUAUAUUCUUUAUGCUCCAAUCACAAAAUCAAGACAGGGGGUUAUUAGUGAUAAAUAUCAGUGUUACUAGGGGGCAGAACUAUAGGAAUCUCAUUUUAUAAAGCAUCAUAACACUGUAAAGAACUAUAGAACCCAGGAUAUAGACAAAGCCACGUGUAUUUCUUUUUGAUUGUAACUUUUUUGUGUGUGUGCAACUCUUUAUAAAUAAACUUUAUGUAAAUAUC